UUUUGGUGCCUGCCCUCGUUAUUUACUAUCAGCUACAGUAAUGUCUGCUCCUGGAUCUCUAGCCUGUUCUAAAAUACUCUAUCCAGAGUCAGAACAAAGCCAAUUAGUUAAUGUUGAAGAUUUGGAAUUACCCAAAGGAGAAGAGACAAAUAUGUUGGAAAGUGUAAGCAAUGGGGCUGUAAUGGCAGUACAACUUGUAGUUGCGAUUAUAGCGAAUUUAAUUGUUUUUUUAGCAUUGCUUGCUUUAGUAAAUUCUGUUUUGGGGUGGAUGGGAGAAUUAGUUGGACAACACGGGUGGAGUUUUGAAGCAAGUUUUUAA